UAUUAUUGGUGCCGAUACUGAUCUAGUACAUCAGGUUUGUGCAUUAUUACAAAUUACAUACACAUAACACAUUAUAGGUGUUACUCAUUCAGAUGUCUUGGGUAUGAUAAUACCUUGAUGGUGAAAUUGGUAUAAAAUGAGUCCUGAUCUGCUGUAAGUGAUGGACUGUGGCUGUGUACAUAGGAGUGUGUUUGUGUGUCUGAUCUUGUCAUUUACCAUCCCUCCAUCUUAGCACCUCCUUUUCUUCGCAGUGCCAGAGCUGCUGGAGGCGUGUGAGGACUAUGUUGACUGGCUGAGCGCCCAGAGCUGUGUGUGUGCACGCGCAUGUGUGCAUGCAGUUGAUGCAGUUGUGUGUGUGUGUGUGUGUGUGUGUGUGUGUGUGUGUGUGGCAGGAAAGUAGUAACCUGAUUGGCUAAAAAAAAGUGAGAGUGUGCGUUGAUUUGGGUAUGAGCUAAGCAAUGAAUGCAUAUUUCAAAAGAAGAAGAGGAAGAGGAGGGACCGUUUGGAGUGGGUUUCUGAGGAUGGAUGCAUCAUGCAUGUACACUGAAGGCAGCUCUGAUUGGUUACUUUUGAUGUGAAUUGGUUCUUCCUUUUAUCCUGUAUCUUAGAGGACAUUCUUUUAAACUGGUUCCAUAGAACUCUAUGUACCAGCAGUGCAUCUACCAUUUAAAAUGAAAGUUCAGCAAGAAAUUCAGUUUGGUCUAGAGCUGGGUAGUGUUAAAAAUAUUUGUGCUAAAACUGAUACUUUGAUUUUGAUUUAUAUACUAAUUCCUUAAUGAUAGAUAAUGAUUUUUGAUAUUUUCCUUUCAUUUACAUCAGAAGUAGGAGUGGCUUAAACAAGAAAUACACCCCAGAAGUUGUGCACUAUUCUGCAGUUGGUGUAAUGACCAUAUUAGGAGCUCUGGAUCUAAGCAGAUUUUCUAUAUGAGGCAAAAUGAAUGGUGUUUUUGAAAAUAGCCACUUUCAAAUCCUGUGAUUGGGGGAAAAGUUUCAAAGCCGAUACAUUUUGUGUGUUAUGGAAAAUAAAAUAUGACAAAUAUUACAAACAGUUGAGAGAAAAAUAAUUAUUAAAUAGGCUAAUAUAAAUUGAUUUAGUUGAAAAUGUUGUUGACACUGUGCUAUAUUGUUUACAUUUGUAUAACCUUUGUGAAAUUACAGGUAAAAUUAUUUCAUUAUUCAAAGAGGAUGACGAAAGGAAAUGAAGGAAAAAUCAGUAAAUUGGACUGAGUGGAAAAUGAGUGAUGGAAAGUGACAUUUUGUCUAACACACUUAAUCACCGUUGGGCCACCCAGAAAACACUGAGCAAAAAGCCAGUGGGCCGCCAGCUUUGCCAUCAGUGGGCCAACACUGGCCUGUUAUCCUCCUGCUAUCUGAAAAACAGGAUGGAUCGCAUGAGUGAGGAGGCACUGCGGCUGAAUCUGCUGAAGCGGGGCUUGGAGCCGGCGGAGGAGCGCAGCCGGGUUCAGGAUGAUGUUCUGCCCAAGAGGCUGAAGGUGGAGGGCCAUGAGGCCAUGGAGCGGCUGAAGAUGUUGGCUCUGCUGAAGCGUAAGGACCUGGGCGGUUUGGAGGGCAGUUCGGGGGCGCUGGCAGACCUGCGAGGUGCGGGGGGCAGCAGCCAUGUGACGCUGGGAUAUGCCGCCUAUGAGGAGAAGCUGAAUGGCAGCCUGAGAGCACCGGCCAUGGCUCACUCUCUGAUGGGCCGCAGUGGCAAGGAGAACGUUAAUGAUGAGCCCGUGGACAUGAGUGCCAAGAGGAGUGUUGUGGAUAAAGACCGUCACACUCCCUCACCUGACGUCAUUGUCCUGUCUGACAAUGAGGCAUCCAGCCCUAAAGGAGCCGGCAGAGAGGAAAGAGUGAAGCCUGUAAACCUGGACAUGUUCAAGGGUAAGAGUGUAGCUGAGCGUCAGAGGGUGAUUAAGGCUUUGAGAGAGGAGCUGAGGCUGGAGGAGGCUCGCCUGGUUCUGCUAAAGAAACUCAGACAAUCUCAACUACAGAAGGAGAAUCUCUCCCACAAGGUGUCUGUAGUCCAGAGCAGUUCAUCCUCUGUGCACCCUUCAGCCCACAGCUCCCAUGUCAGCAGCAAGCUGCCCACUGGAGCGAGUCACAGACAUCAUAGCACGGACCCCCAGCACCUCCGUGCUGCACAGGGUCAGAGUGUGAUCCGGUCUGCAGCCACCGCCUCUGUGCCCCAGAUGAUGAUGUCACAGCGUGUGGUUGCUCCAAGCCCAGGGCAGCUGCAGGGCCACAGAGUGCAGCCCAAACCCAGCAGCAUAAGCACUCCCACAGCCAACAUCAGCGGUGCUGUCGGCUACCAGCAGGCGUCUAGUCAGCAGGUGUCUGUGGCCCAGCGCUCCAGCUCCUCCUCCAUCUACAUGAACCUGGCGCACAUGCCGGCGGUGGGCGUAUCUGGGAUGGCGAGCGCCGUGGGGUCAUCCUCGCUGGCCAGUGCUAGCUCCACAUCUCUUCAGGACGUGGCCAGCAGUCAGGCUGCAGCCAAACUGGCCCUUCGCAAACAGCUGGAGAAAACACUGCUCGAGAUCCCACCACCCAAACCACCAGCGCCACUCCUCCACUUCCUUCCCUCAGCUGCCAACUCUGAGUUCAUCUACCUGCUGGGCCUGGAGGAGGUUGUACAGUGUGUCCUCGACAGCCAGGGUAAGCUGCGUGGGUCACUGGGUCAUUUGGAGCCCUUUGUUUGUGCUCAGUGUAAGACUGACUUCACCCCUCACUGGAAGCAGGAGAAGGGUGGGCGCAUCCUCUGUGAGACAUGCAUGACAUCCAAUCAGAAGAGGGCUUUAAAAGCUGAGCACACCAACAGGCUGAAGAAUGCCUUUGUGAAAGCUCUGCAGCAAGAGCAGGAGAUUGAGCAGCGGUUGCAGCAGCAAGCUGCGCUGUCCACCAGUCCCACAGUGUCUGCAGCCAGUGUGAGCAAAGCUGAGUCCAUGAUCAGGCACCACACCAUCAGACAGGCGUCCCAGUCACAGGCUGCUCAGUCCCAGGUGUCUCUGCAGCGCAGUGCAAACUCUGCAGGCUCCGGGUCAGCACGGGGUGUGCUGUCCAACUUUGCCCAGGCCUCCCAGCUCGCUCUGCCCACUGCUAUUAUGGGCAUGACCAGCAAACACUGCUCGAGCUCCAGCAGCCGGGCACAGCACGACAGCCGACAUCAGCUAUACAGCAUCCCUGGAGUGAACAUUGCAUACCUGAGUCCAGGCACUGUUGGAGGUCAUAAGUCGAGUUUAGCAGAUAGACAGCGCGAGUACCUGCUGGACAUGAUCCCCCCUCGUUCUAUAUCUCAGUCCAUUACUGGACAGAAAUAAACAAGUUUUACCCUCACGCCUAACCCCAACACACAUACAAAUGCACUCAAACAUUCUCUCUCCCUCCCUCUCUCUCUUUCUUUCUCUGUCUGUCUUUCACUCACUCUCUCUCUCUCUCUCUCUUUCUCUUCUCUCUCUCUCUCUCUCUCUCUCUCUCUCUCUCUCUCUCUCUCUCUCUCUCUCUCUCUCUCUCUCUCACACACAUGCACACACAGACACACUCCUCUGUCCCCUGUUGCAUGCAGUGCCUGUCAGUCUGCUUAACCAGCUAAUCUUUCUGUGUAACACAAUCAGUGACUGUAAGUGCUGAGACUCCAGUCACUCUCCGCAAGUAUGCAAACUCUCCUCAACACUGCUUUCCCCUUUUGGUCUCCUCCACACCACCACCACUCCACAUGUGGACGUGUUUUGUACAUUCUUGCGCUUUUCAGUUCGGACGUGUUUUUGAUUUCAGCAUUGCUGUUCUGAAUGUGUGUGUGUGUGUGAGUGUGGUGGUCAUGUGCAAAGAGAGAGGGAGGGAAUCCCUGGGCUUUGUGCAUUGAGACUUUUGUAAAUCUGAAUUGAAUGAAUUUAAAUGGAUCAUCGUUUUUUUUUCCUGAAAGCAAAUAUCAGUGUUUUUAAGGGGAUGAAAUUUAAAUGAAGAAGCCUUAUUAUAUCACUUUACAUGGAGAGCUUUUGGUUUCAUGGCUACUUUUAGCUGACUCUGCAAUACCUAUUCACCAUUUCCUAAAGACUGGAUGGCUUUUUGUAAAUGUUCUGGUCUGUGAAGGUUCUCGUGGAAACAGCUUGCAGCAUCUUUUUAGGGCUCUUUCAGUUUCUGCGUUUUUUUAUUAUUAUUUUUUUUCUUCUUUUUCUUUUUCAACCAGCAUGGAUAAGCCGGGUCUGUGAGACCUCUGAGCUGCCACACAGUAACUCCUCAUCCUCUCGUCACACACAUGCACGCACUUUACGUAAGAUCAUUUGGUCGUGUAUCGUUCAUUUUACAGUGAUCUCUAAAAUUAAUCAGUCACGUUUCUCAUCAGAUUAAAUGAAGUUGAUGACGGUCCAUCUUUGAUGUUAAAUAAUAUCUAAGUGAAAUCACUUUUGGAUGGUAAGUAUUUUGAAUUUUAAAGGUGCUGUUUGUCAGAUUUUCCUCUCUUCAUUGUAUACUUGACUGAACAGAGGAAUUUCUCAUGCACUGCCCCUUUAAGAGACCAGUGCAAUAUUGAGAGACACAGGGAAGACGUUGAUUUUAUUUAUUUGAUUGAAAUUCACACUUUGCUUUGCCCGUGCACCAUGGUGGACAAAUACUCAUUUCCAAUUUCUCUCUUAUAAAGAUUCUUCUCUUAUUUUCUUUUGUUAAAUAUGUACAUUGUAGUAUGUUACCAAGAAAACUUG